AUGGCCUCUGAUGAUAUACUACUGAGUGAUGAAUUAACUUUGGUUGAUUAUCCAGAAACAGCGUUACAACUUAUAUCUCCUUUAUUUAGUGUGGAUAAAACCGUAUAUGGAGGUCGAGGAUGUUUUGCCAAAUCAAUAAUACCAAGUGGGACAAUAAUACAUAGAUGUUCCUCGCCAAUAAGUUCGUCCAUAGCGAGACCAUUCAAGAAAGAAGUGUGUCACUACUGUUUCAAGUAUGACAAUGGGAAGACAUGGAAGAUUAAACGUUCACAACAAUUUGGGAAGCAAAUGUGUUCUAUAGUGUUUUGUACUGAGGAAUGUCGAGAUAAGUUUUCACAAGAAGAUGGAGAAGGUAUCUAUUUGAAAAAUUUGAUGCUUGUGGAGAAGAACUAUUUACAAGGGUUAAAGAAACAUGAGGUGGAACCAAAAGAACCAAAGGAUCUCGAUACUGAAAUACUACAGGAAUGGGAGAAAGUGGGUAGUUGGGAAGAAAAAUUAAAGACCAUGAAGCCUUCAAAACGUGAAAGUAUACUACCAAGAAUUGAUGAAAGUGAAUAUUUGGAGAUUAAUUAUGUGAUUGGGGCACUAUUUAGCAUGUACAAAUACGGAAAUUCGGGAAUCACUUCACCUGAGUAUUUCCAAGACAUUAAACGAGAAGAACAAAAUCAAUUCGAAUUACAAUAUUUCAAUACUUUGCAAUCAACCGAAUUGGAAAAGGUACGAAAAUACCCGUAUUUGUUAUAUUCGUACAUCAAUAUCUAUAAAUUUCUUAAACUCACGGUUAGUGAACAAUUGCAGCCGUACAUAAAUACCGAUGAAAUAAGGUGUAUUAUUGGUAGAAACCUAUCUAAUGCAUUUGGGAUCUGGUCAGAAGUUUCUGACCCAAAGGAAGAUAAAGAAUUCUUGGGAUUUGGAGUAUAUCCAUCAGCAUCAUUUUUCAACCAUUCAUGUGCGCCAAAUCUUGUCAAGACUAGAAUUGGGAAUCAAUUGGUAUUUACAACAUUAAGGGAUAUUUCUGCUGGAGAAGAGUUGUGUAUUAACUAUGGGAAUUUUUUUGGAUGA